AUGACUGUCAAGUCCCUCGGAAUUCGAGUCUCCAUCGACAGGGGCGGCACCUUUACUGAUGCCCACGCUGCCAUUCCCCAACGGCAAGACAUUAUUCUUAAACUCCUAUCAGUCGACCCAGCAAAUUAUCAAGAUGCCCCCACAGAAGGCAUUCGCCGAACCUUGGAGCUGGUCACGGGCCAGAAACUACCCCGAGGAGAGCCACUCGACCUCUUUCACUUCGAGUCCAUCUGCAUGGGCACCACCGUUGCUACCAAUGCCUUAUUAGAGCGCAAGGGCGAAAAGGUCGCCCUCAUUACUACCAAGGGCUUCCGGGACCUCCUGGCUACUGGUAAUCAGUCCCGGCCAAAUAUCUUUGAUUUGUCAGUAUCACGCCCAGAAGUCCUUUUCGACCAAGUGGUUGAGGUGGACGAGCGCGUAACCAUGAAGGAUCACACCGAGGAUCCCCAGGCAGUCAAGACGAUUGCAAAUGGCGACGAUGCUAAUCUCGUCAUCGCCAUCACAGGGGAGACCAUUCGUCUUCUCCAAGUACCAGAUUUGGCUGUUGUUUGCUCAAAUUUGCAACAGCUCUGGGAUGACGGCUUCCGCUCCGUAGCCGUCGUCUUCAUUUAUUCAUAUGCGUUCCCUGACCAUGAACUCUUGGUCGGUAGGCUGGCCCUCGAGAUGGGAUUCUUUGUCACGUUAUCCUCCGAGGUACAGCCCAUGAUGAAUGUUGUACCACGAGCAAUACAUCAAUUCCAUCUCUGCAAACUUUCGUGGGGGCUUCGGGUUGCUUUCACCGGUGUCGAGUUUAUGCAGUCGGAUGGUGGUCUUGCUGAUUACCGCAAAUUCAGCGGUCUCAAGGCUAUUCUGUCUGGUCCGGCUGGUGGUGUGGUGGGCUAUGCCCAGACUUCUUGGGACAACGAGAAGUGUCCUAUUAUCGGCUUCGACAUGGGCGGUACUUCCACAGACGUCUCUCGAUAUGCUAGCGUGUACGACCACGUCUUUGAGACCACCACUGCCGGGAUUUCCAUUCAGUCCCCUCAGUUGGACAUCCAUACAGUUGCAGCGGGCGGCGGUUCCAUCCUGACAUGGAAGAAUGGCCUUUUUAAUGUCGGACCCGAGUCCGCCUCUGCGCAUCCCGGACCUGCGUGUUACAGAAAAGGAGGACCCCUGACCAUCACAGACGCAAACUUGUUCCUGGGCCGCCUCUUGCCCGACCACUUCCCAAAAAUGUUCGGUCCCAAGGAGAACGAGCCCCUCAAUCGAGAAAUUGUCGAGUCCAAAUUCGCCGACCUGACGAGCGAUAUCAACAAGGACAGAGAGCUCACUGGCCUGUCUCCGUUUUCACCGCAGGAAGUAGCCCUGUCUGGCCCCAUCCGUGCUCUCACAGAGGCUCGUGGCUACGACGCUGCAGAUCACCGUCUUGCAUGCUUUGGUGGUGCUGGAGGACAGCAUGCUUGCUCAGUGGCGGAAGUCCUCGGAAUCUCUCGCAUCAUUAUUCAUAAAUACUCAUCGAUUCUGUCCGCCUAUGGCAUCUCGCUCGCUGAUGUUGUACACGAAGUUCAGCGGCCAGCAGCCAUUACAUACGGAAAAGACACACAAGUUAGCAUCCGGGCACAGUUGGAACUUCUCGCUGAACAAGCCAAACUUGAGCUUGUUAAGCAGGGCUUCUCACUCGACAACAUCAAAUCCAAUGCCUACUUGAGCAUGAGGUAUCAAGGAUCCAGCAGCUCUCUUAUGGUCCUCAAAGGAGACGAUUGGGAUUUCCAGCGUGAGUUUGAAGAGUCUCACCGCCGAGGCUUCGGAUUCCAUUAUCCCGAGAAACCUAUCAUCGUUGAUGAUUUCAGCAUCAGAGCUAUCGGCACCACUGGUUCCAAACAGGCCAAUACGCCCUUCAGCCAACUCAAAUCUACUAUCCUAGUCACUCCUGAUUCUGUCGCCACCAUCCUAGACAGCUACGUUGUCAUUGACAGAAAGCUCCCAAAACAGGAUCGAUCCUCUGAUGGUGUAGAAGAGGAAUUCAGCCCCGUCCAACUCACCGUCUUCGGACAUAGAUUCAUGUCCAUUGCCGAGCAAAUGGGCCGCAACCUUAGAAAGACAGCUGUGUCAACUAACAUUAAAGAACGGCUGAACUUUUCUUGUGCAAUAUUCCGUCCCGAUGGCGGCCUGGUAGCUAAUGCGCCCCAUGUACCGGUCCAUUUGGGCUCUAUGCAAUUCGCGGUACAGUACCAGCAUAAGCUAUGGGAGGGAAAGCUGCAAGACGAUGACGUCCUUGUUUCCAACCACCCUUCAUGCGGAGGCACCCAUCUUCCAGACAUAACAGUCACUACACCCGUAUUCGACGGCGACAGCCUUGCAUUCUAUGUUGCUUCCCGUGGUCACCACGCUGAUAUUGGCGGCAUCCUACCUGGCUCCAUGCCACCUACUUCCUCUGCCCUCUGGCAAGAGGGCGCCUCUAUUGAAUCCACGAAACUGGUCAGCGCACGUCGUUUUGAUGAAGACGAAAUCAAGAGACUAUUGCUCGUUGAACCGGCCAAAUACGAGGGGUGUUCUGGAACUCGCAUACUGCGAGAUAAUCUGUCUGAUCUCAAGGCCCAAAUUGCUGCCAACGCAAAGGGCAUCACACAUAUUAAGGCCCUGAUCUCUGAAUUCGACCUCGCCUCCGUCCACAGAUAUAUGUACGCCAUUCAGCAUACCGCCGAAGACGCUGUUCGCGGGCUUCUCCGCGACACUCUGGCCAAAUUUGGCCCCGAGCCUCUGACAGCAACCGACUACAUGGACGAUGGAACGCCUAUCGUCCUCAAAAUUACCAUCGCAGCCUCUGGUUCCGCAACAUUCGAUUUCACCGGGACAGACCCUCGCGUCCUCGGCAACACCAACACCCCCAAAGCCAUCACGCACUCCGCCAUCAUCUACUGUCUCCGCAGUCUAGUCAGAUCCUCUAUUCCCUUAAACCAAGGCUGCCUCGCCCCCAUCGACAUCAUUAUUCCUGAAGAUUCAAUCCUCAACCCAGGCGCUGGUCUAGCCGUAGUAGGGGGCAACGUCCUCACGUCACAACGUGUGACAGACGUUGUUCUCCGUGCGUUCCGCGCGUGUGCCGCAUCCCAAGGAUGCUGCAACAACCUCACCUUCGGGACGGGGGGCAAAGACCCCAUUACAGGCGAACAUAAAGAGGGAUUUGGAUACUAUGAGACGAUAGCAGGGGGUUUGGGAGCGGGUGCGGACUGGGUAGGACAGAGCGGAGUGCACACCCACAUGACCAAUACGCGGAUUACAGACCCGGAAGUCUUUGAGAAGCGGUAUUCUUGCAUUUCGCGCCGCUUCCAAUUAAGAGCAGGAUCCGGUGGUCGUGGCAGAAAUAAGGGCGAUGAUAGUACGGUGCGGGAGAUUGAGUUCCGUGUGCCGGUGCGAUGCUCGAUUCCGAGCGAGCGCAGAUCUCGUCGUCCAUAUGGCAUGGACGGUGGUGAAGAUAGCCAAGCGGGUCUGAACUCGGUCCAUGUCAUGGACCAAAUGACUGGAAAGAUGAGGAUAGUUAACCUUGGCGCUAAGGCUACAAGCCUACAACCAAGCUGGGUCCCGGGGAGAGUGUUAUUAUCGAAUCGCCGGGCGCUGGCGGUUGGGGUUGUGAGCAGCAGACGUAAGUUGUAUAAAGCUGAUGAAAUUAUUGGUUAA